AUGCGGAUCCGCCGUCCGAUUCCUCAGCCUCGACAUCAGAGUGUGCGUGUGCGUGUGCGUGUUGCGCAUCACCGCCAUUGCCAGGCCUCGAGAUUCUCGCCGAAGCUAUUCCAGACCGUCGGAAGCAAUACGCCGGGACUGUCGUCAACCCUGGAAAGCCAGUUCUUGGACUCUGUGAGCCUUCUACCGGCUGAAUUCAGCAUCCAAGCUACGGCCGUUAUACCUCACGAUCGACAGGCCAAGGGCCACUGGUUGCUGGUUACCUUGCUUUGUCACCGGGUAUUUGAUGCAUGUGGAGACCAAGUGGAGAUCCGCAACUUCGGCGUGUUCUAUCAUGCAACGUUUGGCCCUGGCGAUGUCUUCACAGCAGUGUCGCGGAAAGUUAUCCGGGAUGGUCUUACCUGGCUUGAAGCCACGGUUACCCGUGAUGGUGCGGUGGUAGCCACCGCAAGCCCUUUAUACGAUCAAGCGGACUCACACUGGGUGGACAACCCACAGGUUCGGGAUGCCAACCGACGCCGAACUAGCUGA